AUGACACGUGGAAAACGUAAUCAACAUUUUGCCCGGCCUUCUGAAGUAGUCAUGGAAAUCUGUCUUCGCUUCUUUGGUCACGUUAUGAGGAGACCGUCUGAUCGUCUUGUCCAAGCAGUCCUGAGGAUGCUUCCAGUCCCUAAUUGGAAAAGGCCUCCUGGUCGUAAAAGAAAGUUCUGGACGGAGGUGGUGACGGAAGAUCUGAGGACACUUGGCGUUGACACUCAGUUCAAUCGGGACAUGAAAUUCCGCCGCUUGUGGAACAGCGACGGAUGGGUAGAUUCUAUGCGAACUAGUGCUGAAGAUCGAAUAGGAUGGGCUCAGACAUAUUCAAAGACGACACCGGCGAAAGUGCAGAUAGCCGCGACAGGCGGUAACAUCCGAUUACGUCAAGUAAGUAAGCCAUUAUUAUUACUACUAUUACCACUAUUACCACUAUUACUACUAUUACUAUUAUUAUUAUUAUCAUUAUUAUUAUUACUAUUACUAUUAUUGUUAUUAUUAUUGUUACUAUUAUUAUUAUUAUUAUUAUUAUUAUUAUUAUUAUUAUUAUUAUUAUUAUUAUUUCAGAGGUUCGAAUCCUCAGCUCACUAA